UCGCACCUUCCCUUCUUGCUAACGUGCAUGCUUGUUCCCAAAGGUGGCUGAAGCCAUGGAGAUCAUGCUAAUAGCUGUCGUGUCCCCCCUCAUCCGAUGCGAGUGGCAGCUUCAUGACUGGCAGGUGGCUCUAGUGACAACGGUGAGUGACUUGUGCUCCCCCCAUGCAAGUCAUCCACCACAAGGGCAGUGUCUGCAGCACCACCAGGCUUCAUAACAUGUUUCCCAAUAGACCAGAUAAAUUCCAAGGCCUCCUCUCAGGGACAGGCCACAGCUUUAAAAUUCCAGGAAGCAAGAUGUCAUGAGCACACAUCCAUGCCCAAAAGUGUAAAGCCAAAAUGAGCCCCCAGUUCCUGACUCCAGAAAUCCUUGCCACCCUUCACUUUGAGGACUGACACUAUGCAUAGCUCCAGCACGGCAGUUCAUCCGCCUGCCUAGAAAGCAUUUAGCUCACCUGCAUUUUUAGAGAGCAGAGCUGCCUGGUGCUGCUGGGAACGAGCACCCCACAGCUGUCUUCCAAUUCCCUGUAGAUGGUGUUUUUUGGCUACAUGGUCUUCAGCAUAGCGCUCGGGCUCCUGGCCGACAGGUAUGGACGCUGGAAGGCUUAUCAUAAAAACGGAAUUUUUACCUACCAAGUACCGAGGAUACAUGCUGCCCUUAUCCCAGGUGUUCUGGUUGGCAGGAUCCUUGUUAAUCAUUGGCCUGGCAUCAGUGGUGAACCCAACCAUCGGCUGGCGGUGGUUGAUCAGAAUUGCCUCCAUCCCCGGCAUCAUUCUCAUCCUGGUGUUCAAGUUCAUCCCUGAGUCGGCACGGUACAACGUGUCCACGGGGAACACGGCGGCUGCCCUAGCCACACUGAGGAGGAUAGCCGAGAUAAACCGGGCGGCGAUGCCCGAGGGGGUGCUGCAGGAGCCCCCCAAGGAAAGAAGAGGAAGGUUCAAAGACCUCAUGCAUCCCAAAUACCUAAGAACCACUCUGCAGAUAUGGAUCAUAUGGCUUGGCAUAGCUUUCGCUUAUUACGGAGUCAUCUUGGCCAGCGCUGAGCUGCUGGAGCGGGACCUGAGCUGUGGCUCCACAGCACCAAUGGGGGAGGACCCAGGCCCUGUCUCGGAGGAGAGCCGCAGCCCCUGCCACUGCCGCCCGUUUGGCCCUUCUGCGUACCAGACCAUGAUCAUCAGCACCGCUGGGGAGAUCGCGCUAAAUCCUGUGAACAUCCUCGGCAUCAACUUCCUCGGAAGACGCCUGAGCCUGUGUAUCACCAUGGGAUGUACGGCGCUCUUCUUUCUUCUCCUUAAUAUCUGCACCUCCAGUGCAGGCAUGACUGGUUUUCUCUUUGUGCUUCGUGCCUUGGUUUCAGCAAACUUCAACACCAUCUACAUUUACACUGCAGAGGUUUAUCCCACUACGAUGCGAGCUCUGGGGAUGGGAACAAGUGGAUCAUUGUGCCGUGUUGGAGCGAUGGUGGCACCAUUUAUAUCACAAGUUCUUAUGAGUGCUUCUUUCCUUGGGGCCCUGUGUCUUUUCUCAUCUGUGUGUGCUGUGUGUGCAAUCUCUGCGUUCACACUGCCCAUUGAGACCAAGGGCAGGGCACUGCAGCAAGUAAAAUGAAAGCAUGUAUUUGAUGAUAGAGUGGAAGAGACGUUUGGAAGCUGUCAUUUCCUGUGAGCUGCAUUUGAUGGUGAUUGCUUCUCC